AUGAAGGCAUUACCGUGCCCCGCUGCUUUUCUCUUCCUAUUGGCUGCAUUCAGCCUGGAGCCAUGCCGCUGUGCCAAGCUGCUGAUCAUGCCCACCAUCGUCUUUGACAGCCACUUACGAGUCUUCAUGCGUGUGGCAGAGGCACUGACUGAGCGGGGCCAUGACCCCGUGCUGCUGCUCCAUGAGGCUCGGGAAGUAGAAGCCCACCUGCCUGCCUUCCGCGUGCAGAGAUACUGGGGCAUCUUCAGCACACAGAGCGCAGAUGCGUGGGUGCAGGAGAAGAUAAAGCGUGUCUUCCAAGGGAAGAUGACCUCUCUGGAGAUGUUCUCCUUUUUGGAGAAGUACUUGGAAAACUGUGACCUUGUGCUGGGAAACUCUACCCUCCUGCAGAAACUGCGGCAUGAGCACUUUGACCUGCUGCUGGUGGAUCCCAAUGAGAUGUGUGGCUUUAUCCUGGCUCAUAUCCUCGGUGUCAAAUAUGCUGUGAUCUCCACUGGCUUCUGGUUUCCAGCAGAGAUUGGUGCCACUUCCCCUGUUGCCUAUGUCCCUGAGUUCAACUCCCUGAUGACUGACAGGAUGAGCUUCUUUGGUAGGACUUGGAAUCUCCUGGUCUACGUGAUCACUCGUGUGGCUACAAAGCUGGUCAUCCUCCCCAAGUUUGAACAUCUCAUGGAGAAGCAUGGGGUGGAGCCCAAGAUAUCCAUGCUAGAUCUUGUCCAUGGAUCAAGCCUCUUCUUCCUCUGUAAUGAUGUAGUGCUGGACUUUCCACGGCCAACACUCCCCCAUGUCAUUUUCACAGGAGGCAUCCUUGCUGAGCCUGCAAAGCCUCUUCCAGUGGAUCUGCGUCUCUGGGUGGAAGCAGCAGAUGCAGGUGUUGUUGUCGUCUCCUUUGGCAUUGGGAUCCGAGCUCGUCCCACUGACCUGGUGGAAAAGAUGGCUGGCGCGUUUGCCCGCCUCCCACAGCGGGUGGUGUGGAGAUAUUUCGGACAGAAGCCAAGAAACCUGGGUGAGAACACACUGAUGAUGGACUGGCUGCCCCAAAAUGACCUGCUAGGCCAUUCCAAUGUGAAAGCCUUCGUCAGUCACUGUGGGAUGAAUGGAAUAUUUGAGGCCAUUUAUCACGGUGUGCCAGUGGUGGGGUUCCCAUUCUAUGGAGAUCAGUUUGACAUCAUGACCAGAGUGCAGGCGAAGGGCAUGGGUAUCCUCAUGGACUGGAACAGUGUGACAGAAGAGGAGCUUUACCAGGCUGUUGUCACGGUUAUCACUGACCCCAGCUACAGAAAAGCAGCUAAACUCAUCUCUGCUCUGCACCUGGACACACCGAUGCACGCUCUCAACAGGACAGUGUACUGGCUGGAGUACAUCCUCCGUCAUGACGGGGCACCGUACCUCCGCCCUGCUGUCUACGACCUCUCCUUGUACGAGUACUUCUGCCUGGACAUCUUGGCUCUCCUCCUACUGUGCCUGGCCAGCAUGGCAUUUGUCCUCUACAAGUCUGUGGUGUGGUGCAGGAGGAAGGCGGCCAGCCCUGUCUAUCAGAAUGGCAAUUGUGUGAGAGGCCACUUCACAGAACAGAAGAAAUUGCAAUAGUGGCUCAGUGUGUUCUAGGGCACAUCCCUUCAGUGUGAAACGUGCUGCUGCCAUGCCAAGA